AUGAUCAGCAGCGACUGGGACGUGUACGGCGGGCCGCCGAGCACGUGGGACACUGGUGACGGCGGCGCAAACUUCACGCCGCCGACGGCAGCGAGCGCGGCAACACUAUCGGAAAAUCCGAGACUUGUCGUGUCCGACACUGCCGCAGGGCUAGCUCCCCUGGGCAUGAGCGUGGAUGACGUCGCAGCCGCGCGGAUGAUGGGCUCGACCGCGGCGGGCGGCGUGGCGACCGCGGGCGCGACGCUCGCAAUGCGCCCGAAGCGAUGGGACGGCCGCGAGUGCGACCAGUGUGGGUUGCAAAUACACGAGUCGGACGCGCGGUUCUGUCGUCGCUGUGGCGAGCGCUUGGGGCUCACGGAGAGUGCGGGGACGCUGUACGUGAAGAAGGACCCAGCGGUCGUGGAGAAGAGGAAGAAGAGAACCGCGCAAGGAAGCCGGAAUUUGAGCGCCAAGUUCAAACCCGCGGCGAGCAUGGGGGGGGGCAUGCGCCUCGGGUUGGACAUCUCUGGCGCGAUGCAGGUGUCGUCGAAGGCGAAGUCGAAGUCGAAGUCGAAGAAGAAGCGGGACCCGAGCGGCGGCGCGAAGAAGCGCGAGGAGGAGGCGUGA